AUGACAGUGUAUGUCACAGGAGUAAUCACCGGGUUUACCUGCAUCGCGCCAACCAUCCGCAUCGGCGCCGACCGCGACCACCCCGACGCAAAGGAUCCCAACAAAGUCCUCGCCUACCAGGACGAGCGGGGUCGGAUAUACACCACUGCCCAGGAGGCGCUCGAAAGUGCCGGGGACCGCGAGGUUGGAAUAGGGAAUGGGGAUAUGGUUAUUAAUGGCCCUAUUACUGGGGGUAUGUACUGUCAGAAGCAGAUCACGGAGGUGUGGAUUGAUAGAGAGCGGUUGCCAAAGAAGGGGGGGUUGGUGGAUACUGCUGGGGGGUCGAUUGUGGAGGUUAGGGAGGAGGACGCGAGGUUUAUGGAGGAGCGGGAGAAGCUUAUGGAGGAGUUGGCGAAGCUUAUGGAAGAGAAGGAGAAGUUUAUGGAGGAACAGGAGAAGCUUAUGGAGGAGCUUACUAUGGAGGAGCAGGAGAUGAUUAUGGAGGAGGGGGUGAAACUUAUGGAGGAGGCGGCAAGACUUAUGGAGGAGGCGGCGAAGCGUAUGGAGGAGGAGGCUGUGAAGUGGCGGGAGGCGGAUGAACAGAGGAGGGAUACUAGCAAGGCCGACGAGGAGAACUUGAUUCCGACCACACCUUCGGCUUCCAACCGCAGUUCUCCUACUAGGCGGGUCGGCGCCAAGGUUGCGCAAUGGCUUGGAGUGCGUCGAUCAUGA